AUGACUACUCUCGGAACGGUCUCGGUCGACUCCCUCACGGCCGAGUAUAGGGCGCAUACCCUCGUCCUGACCGCCGACGGCAAGGUCACCGGGGACGUCAGCCACCCCCGCUUCUAUUCUCUGCGCUCGAGUGGGCUCGUAUUCGAGCUCGAGGCUUGGUACGGGCCGCCCAUUCCACACCCGACGACCCGACCAUACCACGUCACGGCCAGUUUCAAUGUCCAAGUGCCGGGCGAUUUCGUCACCAUCAUCACCGCCAACUAUCCCAAAGGCAAGCAGGUUCCCAUUGUCUGCGAGGGCCAAGACGACAACGGCGGCCAAGGCACGAGCCCGGCGUCUCCGGCCGUCACCGCCCUCGGCCCCGUGUCCGUGGGACCGAUAAAGAACAUCAACGCGAUCCUCAACAAACCUUUCCAGGUUCCGGCGCACGCCAUCGUCCCGAGACUGGGCGAGGUUUCGAUCAAGUUUCCGGCCGACUUCCUGACGCUGACGGACGCACGCAUCGAAGACACCAACAUCGUCUGGUUCUUCGACCCCGUCAAGCUGGGCUCCACGCAGGUCAGAGUGACCACCGAGUUUGGGAUUGAGCCACUGCAGACGACACAAAUCUAUGAUGUCCAUGUGUACCCUCCUGUUCAGGAUGGCAAGGCUGCGCCUGCUGCUGCUGUGACCACAUCAAAUGUGAAGUAG